GUGCCCGAUAUAAAAGCCAUUCUAAGUUUCUCCAAUUCCUUCAUCCGCACCCUCUCACCUCAACUCGUUGUCGAAGUUCUAUACAUCCCAUUUUCAUAACCAUGGUCCAGGAAAUUAAGAACCUCGCUGAAUUCAAGGAGAUCAUUAGCGGCGACAAGGUCGUCAUCAUCGAUUUCUGGGCAGAGUGGUGUGGCCCUUGCAAGCAGAUCUCGCCUAUCUUUGAGAAGCUUUCAGCAGACUUUCCCAAUCUUGCGUUCUACAAGGUCAACGUCGACGAGGCAUCCGACAUCAGUGAAGAAGUCGGCAUUCGUGCUGUAUAUGCCAACUUUCAUGGCAUUCAAGAACGGCGCCAAGAUUGGCGAAUCUGUCGGUGCUAUCCCCACCCGUCUCCAGGAACUGAUCGCGUCAGCUGCUCAGCAGGCAUGAAAUUGUUGACUAUCGGACUUUAGGUCGGGGUUUGCCUCGUAUCGUCAUGACUCCAGUUGUACCUAUUCUCAGACACCGCGAUGGUUUGUAGAAGCGCAAUAAUACCUGUAUUUUGUAACCUUUCACCUGGCAAAUUUGCAAUAAGCUUGCCCCGAGGCUAGGUG